CAUCUAGCUACUGUUAGCUAGCCGGCGGCUAACGAGCGAGCUAAAACACCAGUUCGUCUUCAUGUCGCCCGUCUCAUCAAGCGAUGGCAGGAGAACGGUGUUCACGAAUCGAAGCUGAACUGUAUUACCUCAUCGCCAGGUUUCUACAGUCCGGACCCUGUAAGAAGGCAUCGCAGGUUCUGAUUGAGGAGCUGCAGGAGUAUGAGUUGGUCCCUCAACGAUGUAGUUGGGACGGGAAGAAAUACAAACGGACCUUCCAAGACUGGGUGAUUUUGAACCAGCACAUUCCUGCAGACUAUCUGCUCCGUGUUUGUCAGCGUGUAGGCCCGCUUAUAGAGAAGGAGAUCCCACCGAGUGUUCCUGGAGUCCAAACACUUCUGGGGCUGGGGAGACAGUCCUUGCUUCGUACUACCAAAAGUUGUAGCCAUAAAGUAUGCAGUGGCUCAGCUGUUGCUGCACUUCACCGAGGCCGCCCACCAGAACCUCCAGUCAUCAAUGGAGAUCCUCCCAGUGUUGUGUCCAUCUUGGGUGCUCGCCAGGCUACAGGCACAGCUCGGUUCAGCCAGGUCCUGCCGUCUUCCUCCUACCAACAUAUGAAGAUACACAAACGUAUCCUUGGCCACCUUUCUUCAGUCUACUGUGUAGCCUUUGACCGCACCGGCCGUAGGAUAUUUACGGGUUCUGAUGACUGCCUGGUGAAAAUCUGGGCCACAGAUGACGGCCGUCUCCUGGCAACACUCCGCGGCCACUCAGCGGAGAUCUGUGACAUGGCCGUCAACCACGAGAACACCCUCAUUGCCUCUGCAAGCUGCGACAAAUCCAUCAGAGUGUGGUGCCUGCGUACCUGUGCACCCAUCACUGUUCUGCAGGCCCACGGGGCCUCCAUCACAUCCAUGCAGUUUUGUCCUGCCGUCAAAGGGACAACGAGGUACCUGGCCUCCACGGGGGCAGACGGCAUGGUGUGUUUCUGGAAGUGGCACUCGCUCAGCAUGAAAUUCCAUGAUCAACCCGUCAAGUUUGUUGAGCGAUCGCGUCCAGGAGUUCAAGUCUCCACUUCCUCCUUUAGCAGUGGGGGUAUGUUCAUGGCCACGGGUGGCACUGACCAUUUGAUCAGAGUCUACUACCUUGGUGCUGAGACUCCUGUGAAGGUCUCUGAGAUGGAUGCGCACACGGAUAAAGUUGUUGUCGUCCAGUUUAGCAAUAACAGCGACAGCCUAAGGUUUGUGAGCGGCAGUCGCGACGGCACAGCCAGGAUCUGGCUUUACCAGCAACAGGAGUGGAAGAGCGUCACUUUAGACAUUGCUGCCAGGAUGCCUGGAACUACUGUCGCCAAUGGGGACGAUAAAACCAAGCUGGUGGUGACCAUGGUGGCCUGGGACCGUGCAGACAGCACCGUCAUCACGGCAGUGUCUAACUACCUGCUCAAAGUGUGGAGCACAACCACUGGACAUCUGCUGCAUGUUUUAUCUGGUCACGAUGACGAGGUGUUUGUGCUGGAGGCUCACCCAUUUGACUCCCGUAUCAUGCUGUCUGCCGGCCACGAUGGCAACAUUUACAUGUGGGACCUGACCAAAGGAGCGAAGAUCCGCAACUUCUUCAACAUGAUUGAAGGGCAAGGCCACAGUGCUAUCUUUGACUGCAAGUUCUCCGCUGAUGGGCAGCAUUUUGCCUGCACGGACUCUCACGGCCAUUUGCUCAUCUUUGGCUUCGGCUGCAGCAGACCAUACGAGAAGAUUCCUGACCAGAUGUUCUUCCACACGGACUACCGGCCUCUCAUUCGUGACUCUAAUAACUACGUGCUGGACGAGCAGACGCAGCAAGCCCCACACCUCAUGCCUCCACCCUUCCUCGUGGAUAUUGAUGGAAAUCCUCACCCUACUCACUACCAGCGCCUGGUGCCAGGAAGAGAGAACUGCAAGGAGGAUCAGCUGGUACCCCAGCUCGGAUACAUGGCUAACAGUGAUGGAGAGUUGGUUGAGCAGGUACUUGGCCAGCAAACGGCAGAAAACAGAGAAAGCCUGUUGGACGACCUCAUCAGACAGUUGCAGAAUGAGCAGGACGAGCGUCAGAUCGUAGAGGAGCCGGCUCCAGACGUAGAGGCGCUUGAUGAAGCAGAGUUGGAAGCCUCCUCUCCGGCUGCUGAAACACACAGAAGUGGGCAGGUGGGCGGGUUGUGGCAGAUGCAGCAUAAUGCCCUGCGGAGUCAAGUGGCCACGGAGAGGGACCUGCUGGCCUGGAGCCACAGGGUGAUGGUCAAUGAAGUGCCUCGUGGCAUAUCCAGAGUUGUGGAGCAGUGCAGACGAGCCAAAGGCGACAUGGAAUGUUCUCUAUACAAUGCUGAGAGGAGGAAGAAACCCGUAGCCUGCACACCCAAGAGCGAUCUGCUGACUUCUCGCCUGCGCUCACUGCGCUCCCUGCGGCCAACCAAGAAAAAGCAGCAGCGCCACGCCUACGAGACCCGCUCAGCUCAAGUCCGUCGUGCUGGGAACAGGAGUCGAAAUUCCAGCACCCGACGUAACUCUGACAGCCAGGUGGACUCUGACAGUGAUGGCAAUACAGCAGCGCAGGCGGAGCAAAGCGCAGCCUCCUCUGAUGAUGAAGCUCAGUGGCAGAGCGAGAGCAGCUCCAGCGACUCCUCCAGUGAAUAUUCUGAUUGGACUGCCGACGCUGGGAUCAACCUCCAGCCACCGAAGAGACCAACCAGGAGGCCUGCUCAGCCCAAAGGUUACAGCAGCUCUGAGGAGGAGGAGGAAGAAGGCGAUGGCAAGGCAAAGGAGGCCAAGAAGAGGGACAAUGAGAAGAGGAAGAAGCCUAAGGAGACCAAACAGAAACCAACAGCCUCUCUGGCUGGACUCGAUGCGGAGGAGUGGCUUCCACCGUCAUGGAUAAUAGAGACCAUCCCACACCGCUCUCCCUUUGUUCCUCAAAUGGGAGAUGAGCUCAUCUACUUCAAACAAGGCCAUCAGGCCUACGUGCGGGCCGUGCGCAGGGCCAAGGCCUACAGCAUUAACCCUCAGAAACAGCCGUGGAACAGACUCGACCUCAGGGACCAGGAAUCGGUGAAGGUGGUUGGAAUUAAAUAUGAAGUGGGACCUCCCACCCUCUGCUGCCUCAAACUGGCUUUCUUGGACCCGGUCUCAGGGAAGAUGACCAAUGAGUCUUUCUCAUUAAAGUACCAUGACAUGCCUGAUGUCAUAGAUUUUCUGGUACUGCAGCAGUUUUACAACGAGGCUAAAGAGCACAACUGGCAGCCAGGCCUGAGGUUCCGCAGCAUCAUCGAUGACGCCUGGUGGUUCGGCUCCGUGGAGGACCAGGAGCCUCUGCAGCCAGAGUACCCAGACAGCCUGUUUCAGUGCUAUGCAGUAAAGUGGGAUAAUGGAGAGCGGGAGAAAAUGAGUCCCUGGGACAUGGAGCCUAUUCCUGAGGAAGCUGCGUUGCCUGAACAGGUAGGUGAUGGCGUGGAUGUGGCUGAGGAGGAGCUAAAGGCUCUGCUCUACACGCCUCAGGAGGGAGAAUGGGGAGCUCACACACGAGAUGAAGACUGUGAGCGAGUCCUCCAUGGCAUCGAUCAGCUUCUUACACUGGAUGUAGCAAAGGCAUUCGCGUCACCAGUGAACCUGCGGGACUACCCUCUGUACUGCACGGCGGUGGCUUAUCUCACUGACCUCGGCACCGUCCGCAAACGACUGGAGAACCGCUUCUACAGGCGGAUCUCUGCAUUAAUGUGGGAGGUGCGCUACAUCGAGCACAACGCCCGCACCUUCAACGAACCCCAGAGCCCCAUUGUAGCAACGGCCAAAGUGGUGACUGAUGUUCUCCUGCACUACAUCGGCGACCAGAGCUGCACAGACAUCUUGGAUCUGUAUCACAAACUGAAGUCUGAGAUCAGCAGUGGAGAAGAAGCUGAGGCUGAGUUGGAUGUGGACUCUGACACCCCGGGCACAUCUGCAGGACAUUGGGGAGCCGACCCGGAUUCCAAGAAGCGUGGUCUGGUUUUGGAUGUGAAGUUCUGGCACGGUCAAUGCAAAGAGCUGGUGCGCCGAAUGAUUGUCUCGCCAGAUUCCGAGCCGUUCAGGCAGUCGGUGGACCUCUUUGCGUAUCCGGACUAUAGAAACAUCAUCGACACUCCCAUGGAUCUGGCUUCAGUGUCAGAAACGCUGAUGGCAGGAAAUUAUGAAAGCCCGAUGGAGUUUGCCAAAGACGUGCGCCUCAUUUUCAGCAACUCCAAAGCAUACACGCCGAACAAGAAAUCACAGAUCUACACUAUGACCCUCAGCUUGUCGGCCUUCUUUGAAAAAAACAUCAUCUCCAUCAUCUCAGACCACAAGUCCGCCGUUCAGAAUGAACGGCGGACUCUCCAGAGACUCAGUUACAGAAACAGAAUGCACAACGGUGGCAACUCCCCGCCUAAUAGUCCAUCCCCCAGCCCUAAAGGGAAGCAAAAGUCAGGGAAGGUGUCGAAGCCCAAAAAAUCCCAGCCCUCAACAAAGAAUCGUUCUCGGAGAUCACAUAAGGCUCAGCAAAGCAGCAGUGUAGCAGAGGAGGAAGACAUCCAGCCUUCUUCCCCAAGUUCAGGGAUGAGCAGCGAGAGCGGAAAGCAAGGGCCGCACCGGGUGACCCGCAGCCAAGCAACUCCCGUGAAGAAGUCAAGGCGCCAGCGUAACCUGCAUCUAAGUAACGGCUCCAGACAGCGCCGCGGGCGAGAGGCGCCGCCGUCUGACCACGAGGAUAACGAGGAGGAGGACGAGGAGGAAGACGACGAGGAGGACGACGAGGAGGAGGAGAAGGUGCAGGAGAAGGUGGAUGAGAAGGAGGCGGUGUCGGGUUCGGGAUCGGGAUCCAACAGCUCCUCAUCGGACUCAUCCUCCACCUCAUCGUCCUCCUCUUCCUCGUCAUCGUCGGACAGCGACAACAGCUCUGAGUCCGAGAUGGAGAAGUAUGUGGAAGGAGGAGAUCACGACUACAGCAAAGCGCCCUACCUGUCAGUAAGCCACUCGGCUAGGGGUAAGGUGGCGGCCUCAGGGAAAAGGAGACACAAAGGAGGAGAGGACACGGCACAGAGACCUAAAAGAGCACGAGUGCAGCUGCCGGUGGAGGAGGAGGAGGAGGAGGAGGAGGAAGAAGAAGAAGAAGAAGAAGAGGAGGAGGAGCAGGAGCAGCAACAGCAGGAGGAGGAGGAGGAGGAGGAAGAGGAAGAGGAAGAGCAGCAACUGGUAGAUGUAGGACAUGACGAAGAUGAGGGAGAGCUGGAAGAGGACGAGGAGGGGGAGGGGGACGAAGAGGACGAGGAGGAGGAGGAACCUGAGGAGGAGGAACCCGAGGAAGAGGACAACACUGAUGGAAUGCAGACAGGAGUUGCCGCGGCGACAGCAGCUAGCAGUCUAAGAGGCCAUUGCAAGUCUCGGCGGGUCAACACGCGCAACCAGGGCCGCAGGACAGUUCUGUACAGGGACGAGUCGGAGGACGAUGGCCAUGGGUCGAAGGAGGACCCCCUCAACCUGGGCAUGUCCCGCUCAGGACGGGUACGCCGCAUGACAGAGAAAGCCCGUGUCAGCCACCUCAUGGGCUGGAGUCACUGACAGGACGCCCCUUUUCAAACCUCAAUUUAAAAAAAACAAAAAACUGUUUAACAUGCGUAACACUUCAGGGAUUUUUUUUUCUUUCUUUUUGUACAAGUGUAUAUAAAAUAUAUAUGAUUUUUUUCUUCUUUUUAUCUGACACUGCUUAUGACUCUCAAACUGAUGGUGCUCAUGCCUAGGAGUUUCCUUCCCUGGUCGACAGCCACUGUUUAACACGGAUAAUCUCCAACUGGACUAACUCACCUCGGCCUUACUGCUCACUGGAGGAGCUUUUAAGAAGCGGCACUGCUCCUCUUCCUCCUCCUGCUGCUCCUCCUGUGAGUUUCAACACUAUACCCCUCUGUCUCCUCCUCCUCGUCCCUCCCGUGACUUUUCUCCCCCCUGGUCACCAAAGAAAGAUACGGAGAUGCCAAAAAAACGGUGCUCAUGUUUUAUUUUUUUUGUGUGGAGUAAUUUAAAGAAACUCCAUGCUGGCAGCCACGAGUUCAGUCACGACCAGCACGCGACAUGUGCAGUGUCACCGCGAGGUCACUGAUGUCAACUUCUUUGGUACUUUCCUCACAACCACAAGCCUUAGUUUUCAGAGCUGAUAUCAUUCAGAUCUAGUUUAUAUCUGUUGCUCCAGUCAAGAAAAGUGUAGUUUGGGCACGAGCAAUACUUGCAAUACUAGGAAUCAGAGACAGAAGUCAGUAGAAUACAUGAACCAUAGUAGUACCCCAGAUCCCACAGCCCUCGUUGCACAACUUGACGUCUUUGGCCUGUGACUGUUCCAUAUGUCUCUCCCCUGCUUCCCUCUCUGUGAUGUUGACUGUUUUAGGGUCUUUGAUUUUUUUUUUCUUUUCUUGGGUGUCUUUUUUUUUCUUUUUUUUUUUUUUAAAAGGGUAAAAGUGUAUUUCUGGGGUAAAAAAAGCCACUGCAUCCUGUUUGUAUUUCUACUGUUGUAAUCCCUGGUGGAUCAGACCUGCACCCAUUCAUGGUUGCUUGCAUCACUCGUUCUCCACCCAGCAUGUGCAUACGCAAGGUGUCCCCGGAGUACUCUCUUCCACAGAAAUAUUUAUUUUUCCAUUGUAUUAUACGAAGGUUACUUUAACUAUUUUUUAUGUUAAUAGUGAUGCGGAAGAAGAAAUAUUUGCACAUUUAUCUUCUCCACGUGGCAGCUGAGUAAUAAAUAUAGUAUAGAAAGAGAAGUGAUUUUUCUUUUUUUUUUCUUUUUUUUGUGUAAGAAUGAUUGAACUGUGCCAGCACACAUUCAAGUCUUUUUAUUUUAUUUUAGUUGGAAGAAUAAAACGGGAUAUAACAAUCUA